ACAGCUUAACUAAUUGCUAUCAUUAUCAAAGUAGUAGCCAUGUCACUGAAGUGUAAUUAUACCUAUUUAUUUUAAGAGAUAAUUUGGCACAAACUGAUUAGUUACCCAGAUCUGGUGUCCCGUUUGGAUUUUCAACAUUGACAGUGUGUGAGAUUAAAACACGUUUACUGUGGCUCCAUGGAGACUCUGAGACAGCAGAUAAAUAACAGUGACCCCGACCAGAUAAACAAAAACCAAGAGGUUUUGAUUAAAGCCUUGAUUCCCAUCCUGGAUGGGCUGAUUCUGGUGACCGGACUUGUGGGGCAAAUUCUGAUCAUGACUAUUCUUACUGGCAGGAGGAAGAAAGGAAAUCAACCACCUCAUGGUACAGACACGCUGCUGCUGGCUCUGAGUGCUGCGGACCUGUUGCUGCUGUUCUGCCUGCCCUUCCAUACCUCUGCCAUUACCUUGGGCUUCUGGCCUUUUGGUGACUUCCUGUGCAAAGCCAUCAGUUUCCUGAGCGUCGCCUGUUCGGCUGCCUCUGUGUUCACCCUGGCAGCGUUGGCAGUAACACGAUACCUUACAGUAGUACACCCCGCCUGGACGUACCAAUCAAGGAUGCACAGACGAUUUAAAGUUACAGUAGCCCUGCUCUGGGUUCCUGCCUCGGCGUUGGCCGCACCGCAAUUUGCUUUCCGCACAAUUACUUUUUCCAGCACAGUUUAUUGCUUCGCCUUCCUGUCUGACGUCAGCCAGCUGGUCUACAGCAUUGCCCUUUUUCUUUUUGGAUUUGCUCUGCCAUUAGGCAUCAUUGUACUGAUGUACGCCAAGAUCUAUUGCUUUCUUCGACACGCACGGCAGAUAGGUAAUGCCCCCCAACUGGAACGUUACCAGCGCCAAGUCACUCACACUUCAGCUCUGCUGGUUCUCAUCUUCACUCUGCUCUGGCUGCCCUCCUAUAUCCUCAUGUUCUCCAUUGUUGGAGGAACCCUAAAAGGCUCACCGGGAUACAACAUUUUUGCCCUCUUGGCCAGACUCUUGUCAUCCUCAGUAGCCGUGGUAAACCCUGUGCUGUACGGUUUCAUGUCUCAUAAGUUUAGACGGGACUUAUUGGUGCUUGGGAGAAAACAGUGCACUUGGUGCAGAAGCUGUUUGACUGGUUGUCCAUGUGCAAUGAGAAGAGACACAGUACAGCCCUUUGAGCUGGACACAACCUCAGAGAGAGGUCAAAACUGACUGUUACCAGAAGGAAAACACUGCUGCUUAAUACUAACAAUAAUGAACUGAAUCAGAUGGGCUUUUUUUUCUCAUAAUGAAACACUCCAAGAAAUGAUAAAUACGUUCCAGUAAAUUGUAAAAUGAUUUUUUUUAAAUUUCAGUUUAUGGAUAUGUAAUGGAGAUUUUAAUAAUAAUAAUGUCUUUAAAAUGAGAUAUUUGGGCAGGCAGAAUGCCACAAAAUGGUGAUAAAACCUAACUGUGUUCUUUUACACUAUGAUUUUAUUUAUUAGAAGUUGAAAAAGUGAAAAACAGGC